GUGCUAUUUACGAUUACAAAAAGCAAUAAAGUGCAACAAAAUGUUUGCAAAAAUAGUUUUGUUGGUUUCCUUGGCGGUUUACGUUGAAAGUUACGCAACUUCAUAUCAGUCGGUCACAAAUCACGUCGAUGGACACGCUGGAGGCGGCGGCGGAGACGGCGGACAUCACGUCGCCUACUACCCCCACCAUGCUGAGUCCUACGCCUCACAAUACAUCCACUCUGACGGAGGAGAACACUACGACCAUCAUAAACAUUAUUAUCCUGACCAUCAUCCGAAAUAUCAAUACAAAUACGGCGUGGAGGAUGAGCACACGCAUGAUAAGAAAUCAGCGGCGGAGGAACGUGACGGUGACGUGGUGAAAGGACAUUACACGCUCGUCCAGCCCGACGGCAGGACACGCAUCGUCCAUUACACCGCCGACAAGCACAACGGUUUCACGGCGCACGUCACCUAUUCCGGACAUGCCGAUCAUCCGGUUGUGCAUCAUCCCACCUAUCAUCACUAUUAUUAA